GCAAAGGUGUAAUGGUAAUGGGUGGGUUACAGUGUCGGUAGUCCCCGAUUUUUACGUGGUGGUGUGCAAUUUUAUAGUUUUUAUGAAAAAUCUUCGUGACACGAUGAGCAGCUACGACAGUUCCAAACUCAGUGACUUCUCAUACGACGACAGUUGCGACUCAGGAUUCGAAUAUUCCUUCAAAUCAGAGUCUUCAGAAAUCGUAGACGAUCGCAGCGACUACAUCGACUUAGACAACGAAUUAUCUUCGCCGGUGAAAAGAAAACUACCAGAAAAUUUCAACCGAGAGCUUUAUGACAAAUUCAAUGCUGCCUUUCAUAGUAGCCUUAUCGAACGUGUCAAACCACCAUUGUUGUACGAACCCUGGAAAUCUUCUCCUGAACCAUGGCGGUCCUCACCAACCUACGAGUCCAACCCAUUUGAAAACGACAGCGAAGAGUUAGAAUUCUUUUGUAGACUACGCAACAACGAAGAUAAAUGUUCGACCCCAGUCAAAGAGAAACCAAAACGACGGUACGCCACUGGCCGUAAUCGAGUAUCUCGAGCCAAAAGUCCCACGCAGAUAAUGCGAAUAAAAAAAGUACGAAGACUGAAAGCUAACGAUAGAGAAAGAAAUAGAAUGCACAUGUUAAACGAAGCUCUUGAGCGUCUUCGGUGCGUUUUACCUACGUUUCCUGAAGAUACGAAGCUCACGAAGAUCGAAACGUUGCGAUUCGCUCACAACUACAUUUACGCUUUAUCGCAAGCUCUCAAUGACAUAGAGAUGUAUUCCAGCGGUGGUGAAAACAUUACUGUGAAUGUUGGAAACGUAGUUGUGUCCAUCAGUAAGAAUGGUAAUGCUAUAACAGCUAAGAAUUUAGAACAAAAGUUAGGCCAAGCUGUGGUUACCAGUGGUAGCAUUACAAAUGCUAGUUUUAUGCAAGAUUACAAUCAAGAUACCAACAAUUUUGCUACAAAUACCUAUGAGUACAAUUGCAAUACGGAACUUCAAACCUAUUGUGGUCAACAACAGUACGAACAGUAUUCAAACAGUUCAAAUUUUGGACAUUAUAAUAGUUACCAAAUGGGGUACGAUUAUAAUAGUUGUAUGAAGGUAUAGUGAUGCUAGAAAUAUAGAUAUUGUAGCUAUAUUUUUUUUAUAGAGAGUUUUUUAAAAGCAUUUAUAGUUGAUGGCAUAUUUUUGCAAAUAUAGGUUUCUAUCUUAGGUGGUCAUUUAAUAUGUAUCAGAAAAUAUUGGAACUAUAUCCUUUUUUUCCUACUACUUUAUGUCUUCCGUCUUCCAUCUUUAGUUUUCCGUCUUCCAAUUCUUCGUCCGGUUGUUCCAUAGGUCCUCUUUGGCUAUUCCUUUGCUCCAAAUUUUUUCGGUCUACCUCGUUUUCUCUUUACUUCUGGUUGCAAUUUAAGUAAUUCCUUUGGUAUUCUUUAUUCACCCAUUCUUUGUAUAUGUCCGAAACAGAUAAGUUGUUUUGUCAAUAAAUCAUCCGUGAUUGUUCAUUGCACUCCCAUUAUUUCUGUAAUCCCAUCCGUCAUCCGUUCGUUGGUAAUCCUUUCUCUUCUAGAUCUUCCUGCAGCUUUUCUCCAAAAAUCCAUUUCCGUUGCUUUCAGCGUUGCCAGUGUUAUUUUUUUCAAUGGCCAUACAUCAAACUUUAUAUACGUUUCAUUAUAGUCUCAUUUAUCUUUUUAAUUUUCUUUGCUGAUAAAUUGGUCCCAUAAAAUGCUGUUUUACAUUGUGAUGGCUUUCUAUGGCUUUGUCUAAUGUUUCACCGUGCGAAGUAUUGAUACCUACAUAUAUAAGUAUUAUUUUUUUAAUUUUUAAUUAAAGUAAAGUAAACAAGGGAAAUUUUUUACCUAACUAUUUUGGGUUUUAAAAGAAUGUUUUAAUAAAUGUAAUAUAUUGGACUUUUUAAUAUUUGAAUUUAUAAAAUUUUCAGAAAAUUUCUGUGAAUUUAUUAUGAGAUGUAUCUUCAUCAUCCUCUUUAAAUUAUUACUCUAUAUUUCUCAUUCUUAAUCUUGGGUUAUCAUAGGUCUUUGUUGAUCUUUUCCUUCUAAAUUUAGGUACAACCACAGUAAUCCAUUGGAAUAUUUGUAUCACAUAAUCAAUGUAUCCUCGUCACCAGCUAUUACAUCCAUCAUCGGAUAUAAGCCUACCUUAGGUGUGUCCAUUUAUUUCUGUUAAUUGCAUUUUGCAUCCAUCCGUUGAAUGUCGUCAGUCCAUCUUGAAUCAGGUUUGUAUCUACUUCUUUUACUUGUUCUUCGUCCAAUUAGCUUCGUCCAAUAGUUGUCUUUCAUUAUUCCUAUGUGUCCUGCCCAGUUGUAUUUUAACAUAUUUUGGAAUAUUUUGGAUUACACAAAUUACUUUUGAUCUUGUUCUUAUUUUUUCAUUGAUUCUUCAACUUUAAUUAAAUAUUAGAUAGGUUUUAUAGACCACUUGAGUGUGAAAUAACCUAAAUGAAAUAUUAUAGGUAUACCUAUUUUGUCAUGAUCUAGUCACGGUAUUCUAGUCUAGUCUAAAAAUGUGAUUUCUUAUAUUAAAUCUAUUUUUGUAUAAAAGAAAUUGUAUAUGCAAAUAAUAUUUUUCAAUAAAGAGUUUACUAUU